AAGCGAUUCUCCCACCCUGGCCUCCCAAAGUGUUGGGAUUACAGGCAUGAGCCCCUGCGCCCAGCCUCAGGUCAUUCUGAAAUUGGUAGUGUGGGUGGGGCACACAGUGGCCCUGGUGGCCCCUGCACACCCAGGCAGGAACCUCGGAGGAGGUCCUGGGCUGGAGUCCCUGAGGAUUUUCAUCUUUUCCUGGCGGCUUCUCUGUUUCCAUUUUCCCUACUGGAAUUUAGUGCUGGUCCUCACGCCGCCUUCCCCCUCGGUGUGUGGGGGUCUGUGUCUGCUUCUGCACCCCCAGCCCCGCCCAGCCCCGUGCUGUCCUCAGACACCCCGGCAGGUCCUGGCCUCAGGGAUUCUGCCAUGCUCAUCCCACUGCCUGGAAUGCUGAUCCCUGAGGCCUCAGUUGGUGUCGCCCACAGCCUCUUCCUGGGUUGGCCUUUGGGGGCCACACCUGAGCCCUGUCCUGCUGGCUGUCCAUCUGGCCUCCCCGAGGUCAGCUCCAGGUGGGAGGGCCGCGGUCUGCACUGCCCCCUGCUCCUGCCACAAUGUCUGGCAUAAAGACACCCGGUGAGCGUUGCUGACCGAAUGCACGCAUGGAGCAGAGGCCAGAGGAAGGGCUGCUCUGGAAAGCGUGUUAGCUCCACAUCCUUGCUGGGGUGCUCCAGGGCCUCUGGGCAAGAUUCUGCCCCCAAGCCUCUGUCUCUCGUUCAUGGAGAGCUUCCCUCAGCCCAGCAGACAACCUGCACCACCUCACAGGCCCACACGUGUCUCAGCACCGCCUGCUGUGGCUGGGGCCCUGGGGAAGCAGCUCAGGGCUGCAGGUCCAUGUGCGAGUCACACACACACAUCUCUGCACACACACGGAGUCUCAAGCGUGCAUCUCUGCACACACACGACACACACGUGUGAACCUACUCCUGCACGUGUGCUGUAGAUGCUGGCUCUGGGCACUGACAUGGAUGCUUCAUCAUUGUGGUGGGAGGCCCUCAGAACAGAGAAGUGCCCCCUUUCAGCAGACUCAGACCUCUUGGGGUCCGAGGCUGGGCAUGGGUCUUCCUCAGCUCCCUGAGCUGAGCACUCCAGCCUGGUACGCUCCUCCCAGGAGGAGGGUGAACCUCAGGCCUGGACCAUAGCUCAGCCCUCCCGCCCCCGGGACGGGGAACACAAAGCCUCCAGGUUGGCUGGUCAGCUGCAGCGUUGGGCACAGGCCUGGGCCCUUUUCACAGCCACACCUGGGGGGCUGGGUCUGGCCUGCCCUGCGCACUGUGUGGGUGACUGACAGGUGGCUCCAGGUUUCUGGGCAUAAAUCAAGUCCCAGUAGAAAGUGCCCCAGAGGAACAGGCAGGCUGGGCCGAGGCAGCCCUGCCCCUCACCUCCAGACCCUGCCACCUGCCCCCAGCCAGGGGUCCCUUCUUGGUCCUCUCAUCUGCCCAACCCCGGAUCUUGACCUCCUCCCUGUGGAGAUGCAAAGGCAGGGUGGGGGCAGGGACACCCUGUGGUCAGGACGGCUCUUGGGGAAACAGCGCUGGGGAGGGGAAAGUGAGGCCACCCAGCACCACCCUGGUCUGAGGCACCGCCUCCAGGAAGCCCUCUCUGAGCUCUGAGGCCUGCGGUCUGCUGUAUGCUGCUCUCUGUGGGGUCCUGCUUACCCAGAGGGUAAGCAGCUGCACUCACCGGGCUGGGAGGGCUGGAUGUGGGAACAUGGCCCAGCCCCCGAGGCUCCUGCUGCUGGCCCUUCUCCUGGCACUGGCCCGAGGCCUGCCUGAGGCCCUGGCCAUCCAAGCCUUGUGGUGACAACCCAGGUCCUCCCUAGAGAUGCAGCAGUCUCCCUGCUUCACGAUCGCCCCCGUGGAAGGCUCUGUCAACAUCACCUGCUCCACCAGUGGGGCCCUGAGUGGGAUCUACCUGAAGAAACUCUGGCCACAGCCCAGAGACAUCAUUUACUACGAGGACGGGGCGACGCCCACAGUGAACACAGUGUUCGGGGACCGUGUCAACUUCUCGGGGUCCCAGGACAAACUGACCAUCACCAUGCAGCACCUGCAGCCAGCGGACACUGGGACCUACACCUGCGAGGGCGUCACGGAGACUGAUGUCUUCCGCCCCCGCCAUGGCACCUUGGUCCUGGUGACAGAAGAACUGUCCCAAGGAGCACACAAAUGCCCAGAGGCCCGGCCGACAGCCUCUGCCCUCCCUGCGGCCCUGAUGGUGGUCUCCUUCCUCCUCGGGCUGGGCCUGGGGGUGGCGUGUGUGCUGGGGAGGACCCAGAUGAAGAAAGUGUGCUCAUCUCGGGACAGGGACUCGGCGGCCGCGUGUGUGGUGUAUGAGGACAUGUCCCACAGCCGCUGCAACACGCUGUCCGCCCCCAAUCUGUACCAGUGACCCAGUGCGCCUGCCACGCCCCGCCGGGGUCCCCACACCGCCUCCCCUGCCGCACCGCGCCCCUCACCCCGCCACGCCCCUCAG